CUGACAUUGACUUGUAGGCGCUACAUUCGCUGUUGACUAGUAGGUAAAUAAACUGAUACUACAGUAUCUCUUCAUGAGACACUAAAUUAUUAGGCACCCUGAGUGACGGAAGUGCAACAUUGCAAGUGAAAGCGGCUCACACAAAGAGUCUCCCAUCGGACAUAUUUGGAUUUUAGAAGUAAAACUGGCUGAGAUGGAUGAGCAGAGUGUUGAGAGUAUAGCGGAAGUCUUCCGCUGCUUCAUUUGCAUGGAAAAGCUGCGGGAUGCACGACUCUGCCCUCACUGUUCCAAACUGUGCUGUUUCAGCUGCAUACGGCGAUGGCUUACAGAGCAGAGAGCACAGUGUCCCCAUUGUCGAGCACCACUUCAGUUAAGGGAAUUGGUCAACUGUCGCUGGGCAGAGGAGGUGACCCAACAACUGGACACACUGCAACUUUGCAACCUCACAAAACAUGAGGAGAACGACAAAGACAAGUGUGAGAACCAUCAUGAGAAGUUGAGUGUGUUUUGCUGGACUUGUAAGAAGUGCAUCUGUCACCAGUGUGCACUGUGGGGAGGCAUGCAUGGAGGUCAUACGUUUAAACCCUUGGCUGAGAUCUAUGAGCAGCAUGUUACAAAGGUAAAUGAGGAGGUGGCAAAGCUACGGCGUCGCUUAAUGGAGCUCAUCGGUCUGGUUCAGGAAGUGGAGAAGAACGUAGAGGCGGUGCGUGGGGCGAAGGAUGAGAGAGUGAGGGAAAUUCGAAAUGCGGUGGAAAUGAUAAUCGCACGGCUCGAUAAUCAACUCAAGAACAAACUCAUCACACUCAUGGGACAGAAGACCUCUCUGACUCAGGAGACAGAACUGCUGGAGUCUCUGCUACAGGAAGUAGAGCAUCAGCUGCGUUCAUGCAGUAAGAGUGAACUAAUCUCCAAGAGCCCAGAGAUCCAGCUCAUGUUCCAGCAGGUUCACAGGAAACCAAUGCAGUCUUUCGUCACAACACCCGUUCCACCAGACUUCACCAGUGAGUUGGUCCCUGCCUAUGAUUCAAGCACUUUUGUUUUAGCAAACUUCAGUACUUUGAGGCAGAGAGCCGACCCUGUCUACAGCCCCCCUUUACAGAUAUCAGGCCUAUGCUGGAGGUUAAAGGUUUAUCCGGACGGUAAUGGUGUUGUGCGGGGAAACUACCUUUCUGUUUUUCUAGAGCUGUCUGCGGGUCUCCCUGAGACGUCCAAGUAUGAGUACAGAGUGGAAAUGGUCCAUCAGGCCUCCAGUGACCCCACCAAAAACAUAAUUCGGGAGUUUGCAUCAGACUUUGAGGUGGGGGAGUGCUGGGGGUAUAAUCGAUUCUUCAGGCUAGACCUCCUCGCCAGUGAAGGAUACCUGAAUAUGCAGACUGACACUCUUGUGCUGAGGUAUCAAGUGCGAUCACCAACGUUUUUUCAAAAAUGCAGAGAUCAGUACUGGUUUAUAACUCAGCUAGAAUCGGCCCAGUCCAGCUACAUUCAGCAGAUCAACAACCUGAAAGAGAGACUGGCCAUAGAACUAUUCCGUCGGCAGAAGCCGCAAAGUUCCUCUCAACCUGAAAGACGUCUGUGCCCCACGGUUUCCUCUGGAAGAGACUCCCGACAAGGAAAGAUCUCUGUACCAGAAGAGGGUAGUCAGGCAGUCUCUGUAGAGACAAAGGAAGAAGAGGAAGAGGAGAAGACUCAGCACAAUGACUCUAAUGAGUUGUCUGAUGGGGAUUUGGAGGUGGACUGCCUGGCAGGAGAUGAAGAUGUCAAUCUUCUGGAUGGUAGCAGCACCUCCGGGAGCUCCACAGCAACCAGUAACACAGAGGAGAAUGACAUUGAUGAAGAGACCAUGUUUGGUGAAAAUGACGUGGAGUACAGUGGGAAUCUGGACCUCGAGGAAGGUGAAUUACCUGAUGAUGUUGCCGGGGCAACAGGAGGUUCCAGUGCAGCUACACAGGGUUUAAGGUGUAGGGCAGGUGCAAGCUCAGCUAGCCUCUUGGAGAUUGAUCCAGUCAUCCUCAUCCAGCUUUUGGAUCUGAAGGACCGUAGCCAUGUGGAAUCACUGUGGGGGAUGCAGCCACACCCACCUUCCUGUCUGUUCCAAACACAAGCUGCUGCAGUGCCAUCUCGUAAAGAGCGUGAGCGUCGGCCCCAGGCGGUGCGUCGGUCGACCCCAGACUCAGGAGUCCUGAUCAGACUGAAGGCUCAGAUGGCAGAAGUGCGUAGUAAGAUGUCAGAUGUGAAAGGGCAGCUGGAUGCUCGCAGUGGAGCCAAUCCUCGGGUUUCCUCUCAUGAAGCCCUAAUCCAUGAGCAGGGCCCCUCUAUAGACUCAGAGAUGGGGCCCAGUCGCAAACCCAGUGAUCUGCUCUUCAAAGGACAUGUAUCAUCACGACAUUCUCGCAGCGGAGUGAAGAAGGCUGGUUCUUCUAAGCAGGAGAGCGUGGGAUUGUUGGGUGGGCUCUCUUUGCGCAGGGCUCUGGAUGCUGGUGAGAAUGAACUGAGAGAAGAUGAUCGAGAGUCCCCUUCUGAACCUGCUCUGUGUCCCAGAGAGGGUCCCUCUUACUUGGAUGGCUCCCUGAAAGCACACAGUGUGCAGAGUUCUCCUCCCUCUCUGGGAAACAACUCCUCUUCCUCUGAUAAGCCCUCUGGCUCCAAACAUGAGGAGCGGCUGUAUGGAAAUUCACGUUCAGACCUAUUCAGCCUCACUGCUCUAAAUGGAGCGGCUGCACCCACCACCAAACAGUGCAGGACUCUAGCCAUUGGGCCUGCCCUGCUGAUGGACACCUCUCUCAACUGUGAUCAAGAGAGCACCAGGGAGAUCCAUCAGUCACUGCUGUCACUGGCUGAGCUGUGUUCCUCCUCACACCCUGAUGAAGGUCUACUCUGUCAAAAGCAAGCCCACCAUGUGCUGUCAAACAUGAGCAGUGACAGCGAGCUGGACUGUGACACAGAGAACGAGAACGAGGAUGAAGCGGUGGCUCUGGAGGCCGGAGACAGCCAGUUCGAAACCAGAACACUACCCUACCCAGGUGAGCAGCUGAUCGCUGAUGAUCUGAGCUUUGUGACUGGCGACAACACAGAGAGAUUAUGACGUUACGACUUAAAAGCGACAAUGUUACAAAAAUGUCUGGAGGUGACAUUAAGCUUUGUGUAGUCAGGCACUGGAUGCGCUCUUUCCAUUUCCUGUGUUUUUGCACUUGUAUUAUGUUCAGCUAGAACAGGAAUAUGAAUGUGUAUAUGUGCUAUAUGUUAUUUCAGAGAAACAGCUUUUGGAAAGGGAGAGAAGUCAAAGUUUUGACUGCAAUAGGAAAUGCAUUACAUUCCAUUAUAAAAUUCAAGGUGUAAAAUUGUAUCUGUGCAUAUUAUAGUGAUGUACUACAUUUCUUCUGUGUUUGCAAUGCUGCUUAUUUGUUAUAUAAAUAGAUUUGGAGUUGACAAUCCCGUUUUUCUUUUUUUUUUCUUGAGUGUGGUGGGACAUACAACUUACAAAAAUGUUUUCAAGUGUUUUAUCAGUCAAAGAAUGUCAAGACAGGUGCUCAUUCAUAAGUCUUUAUGUACUCUUCUUGCUUUAUUCUUCAGGCAGUGUUUAUAUAUAGAUAUUAGUUCAUGUUUUUUGUUUCAUUUUCUUUUUAUGUAGUUUGUUCCCUCUAACUGUGAAUGUAUUGAUCGUUUUAGUCCACAAAGCAUCACUUCAUCUACUCAAACAACUUUUUUUAUUGAUUAAACUUCUGCAAAAAGGGAACAUGGCACCGUAGGGAAAUAAUAACAUUUCAAAUUAUUUGAAAGGAAGGAAAGUUUUUAUAUAUUUCAAACAAGCAAUUAUUUAGCAGUACACUGCUCAAUUAGGAGCAUAUAUACUUAUUAAUGCUACAGUUCUGCUUUGUUCUUUUGUUUUGUUUUUUUGUCCUGCACACUCAUCUGUUAGAUUUACAUGAUAAAAUGUAAAAAUAAGAGGGAGUUGUAUACAUAAAUGAAAGUUUCAGGUGGGUCCAAGACGGUCUUUUUUUACCCCCAGGCCAUAUUGUGAUAUAUCAUGCAUCAGAACGGUAUGUUUUUGUAAAUUGUUUAUGAGCCCGGAGAGAAAGAAUUGUUGACAAGUGGGCCGUUGCGGCAGCAGCAGCUGGAAAAUUGCUCCAUUUAUUUUCUGAAUAGAUGUCAUUGCUUCAUCAACAGCUGGGGAGUGAUGUAGCCACUUUCAUUUAAGGUCACAGGUCUUGUUCUUUGCAUGCAUGGCUUUCGCUGAAUGCCGUCUGUUGAAAGUGAAUGUUUUGUUGCUUUGGCCGGCAAAUCCUUGGCUUACGGAUUACCUGCAGGUUAAUGCUUUAUACAAAGCUGGGACUGAGCAAUCUGAAAAUACAAUGUUUUGUAUCUAUUGUAAACUGCCUCCACCCCCCAUAUUUUUCUAUUCUGCAAAGUCCAAAAAAAUUCUGGAAAUGUUCCUUUGGCUGUUCAGAGUUAAUCUAAUGCUGAUAUAUGUGUUCUAAUAAUGUUCAUAUUUUGAUGUUUUGUUUCAUAUGCAGAGGAAAAGGAUAUUAGUUUUUUUCUUGUUCACUGGUUUCUCUAGCAUGUUUUUAAAUAUUUUUGGGUCCUAACUAAAGGAUAUG